ACCGGUAAAUGCAACCGGAAAAGGGAAGAAAGCAGUCAGCUGACUUGACUUUAGUGUUUAGUUUUUGACAGUUGGCAGUUUAGUUCGUUUAUCAGCCGCGUUUCUGUUUUGUUUUUUUCCAUUGUCAGUUAAUAAAUAAAUAAAUAAAUAAUUAAAUAAUUAUGUUACGGCCGAAGGCGCUGACGCAGGUUCUCAGCCAGGCGAACACAAACGGAGUCCAGAGCACACUCUUGCUGAAUAAUGAAGGUUCGCUUCUGGCUUACUCUGGAUACGGCGACACUGACGCACGAGUGACAGCCGCCAUCGCCAGCAACAUCUGGGCGGCCUACGACAAGAACGGCCACCAAGCCUUCAACGAAGACAAGCUCAAGUUCAUACUCAUGGAUUGUAUGGAGGGAAGAGUGGCCAUUACUCGUGUUGCCAACCUGCUGCUGUGCAUGUACGCCAAAGAGACGGUGGGCUUUGGAAUGCUUAAAGCCAAGGCAGAAGCUCUGGUGCAGUAUCUGGAGGAACCAUUAACCCAAGUGGCAGCCUCAUAGUGGAUGUGACUGCCCGUGCCUCGGAAAAAAAGCAUCGUAUGAUCCAGGUCAUCCAUGGACUACUGUAACAAUCUGUGUACAUGCAUAUAUAUCUAUGAGUGAGUGAGUGAAUGAAUGUGUGUGUGCUGCAGGAGUGUAUUUAUAAUCAUGGUGUUGAAAUUAUAGUAAUAACUUGUAUGGGUUUUUAACUCUUUGCCCUCUGUUGCGACUCUGUUCAUCUAAUGGUCUGGAAGUUCCACAUAAUUUGUCAGUCAGAACUCGUAAGUGAGAUGAUUCCAUUAUCAGCCACGGUCCCACGUUUUGAUUCAUUCAUUCAUUCGCAAUUUUAGUUCAUUCCGAGAACUGUUAAGCAGAAAAUUUCAUAUCAGAAGAAGACUAAAGAUGCAUACAGAAACAUGUCUGAUAAAAUGCAGUAAAGAUUUGCUACGUUUUGUUUUAAAGCUGUCAAAUAAACAAUUUUUGGACACAG